AUGCUUAACACUCGACCACUUCUCUAUGUAGAAGAGGAUUCGGGCACUGAUCGUAUGCUUCGGACGCGAUCGACUUUUUACAAAGAUGGGUUCGAAAUACCAACCACCACUAGGGCAGGAGACGAUCCCAGUGACGACCCUGAGUAUAUGGUCCAGCAGAACGGCGUCUGGCAAUCCAGUACGCUAACGGCUCUGCGGGAAAAACACCAAGUCGAAGUAGCACACAAACGUGGCUCCCGCAAUAAGCCUAAAAAAGGACAGAUCUUAGACAGUGAAAAAGAAAUUUCAGAGGAGGAGCACGAUUCAGGCACGGCAGCAGAGGAAGACUCAAUGGCUAAUACUGGUCAAUCUAUGAGAAAUCAACAUUCUAGUAGACGGACCCAGCAGUACGACCUCCGGCCACGUCAAAAGAAUUGA